AUGACACAUUCUCCUAACGGCCACCCUCCCCAUCAACACAUUAUCCAACUUGCUGCACGUAAACGCGUUAUCCGCCAAGAGGCUAAGCUCGCGUGGGAAAAACAGUGGGAAAAGCAGAAGGUCGCUAAAGCAACGAAGCGACUCAUUCAGAUGCCCACGAAAAAGUUCAUACGAGACACACACCUACUAGGCCAGUUCCACCAUGCAGAGGACGGCACCAUGGGCGUGGAACCAGAUCCAGUGGACAACAAACCACUCACAGAGCAACGCGAUGAUGCAAGAUAA